GAAGUGCAAACAUACAGUAUUGAGUGAGAAAGAAAGAUAAUGACACUUCCCUCUGCCGUCUUCUGCAGGAAACAGGUUCUUUUCUUUUCUUUUUACACUUGGCUAAACUAUGCAAAUGCAAUACCGAGAAGGGGAGUUCUGUUUGUAUGUAUUUCCUGUCUAAGGAAGAGGAGCCAUUUUUAAGUUUCAGUCAUUUUACGAUAAGGACAUCCAGAUUAACUGUAGCUGAUUUCUAAUCCUCUGUCACAUCCAACUUGUAGAUUUCUCACACUGAUAAAGGAAGGUUCACCAUGAUCUCUUUCUGGGCCAUGGUCCUCUUACUGAUUGGUGACUCUGCUUGCAGUUCCAGUGAGAUGAGGGCCAAAGAGGGCUCCUGUGUGACGGUCCGCUUAACUCUGUCCAAAACAAAGCAUUCUGAGUACAUUGUUUGGUUGAAGGACGCCGUGUGGAAUGACGGACAAAGGAUUAUGAGGGCACAAUCGUGCACAGCCUCAAACCUGACAAACACAACGCGAGUGAAUUUGAAAACAGAGUGUCUGUGGCUUCCACUGGGUCCACUUGGGGUUUAAAGAACUACGAAUUGACCAUCAAUAACCUGAGACUGGAAGACAGCGGAAAUUACUUGGUUAGAUACUAUGAUGAAGCUAAUCCUUCUUAUAAACUGAGCAGCUCGACAAUGAGCCUAAAUGUUCAGGAGAACCCUUGCCAGGUCAGCGUAACAGGGCCGGAGCUGGUCCAGACGGGGGCGGAGGUGAUUUUGCGCUGCUCCACCAUGGGGCACUGCAAGAACAGCCCCGAGUGGCGUAGCUCAGGGUCAGGCCUGGCUUCCAGUGAAGUCUCCGACACCCAGGGUGCGAAAACAGCCCAGCUGAGCUUCAAAGCGGACUGGUCACAUGACGGGGUGACGUUCUCCUGUUGGCCGUCGCCGAGCAACGACGCGUGCGCCUCCAGAAACAUCACGCUGGCCGUGGAAUAUUCGCCCAAAGACACUGAGGCGAAAGGUGCUGGUUAUGACAUCAUAAAGGAAGGACAGGCAGUCACCUUCUCCUGCCACAGUAAAGGAAACCCCCAGCCCACAUUGUACUGGUUUAAACUGGGCCAAGGUGAAAUUGCCCAGGGAGGAGAGUGGAAAUUACCCAAUGUCAAAAUAGAAGAUGCCGGGAGUUACUUCUGCCAGGCUAGAAACAAACUUGGCACUGAAAACUCAACAAACGUUAUGCUUAAUGUCACAUACGCUCCAAAAGAGGUCAGUAUAACUGCGAGCGGGACAUUGGAGGGGAUCUCUGAAGGAGCUGCAGUCAGCCUGACUUGCGAGGUCCAGAGCAGCAAUCCAAGCUUGCGGUCAUACUCCUGGUACAGAGACCGCACCGCCCUGGGCGAAACUGGCCCAGUGCUCCAUUUCCCGGCCGUACGAUCCGAGGACAGAGGCUCUUACCGCUGCAAAGCCUCAAACUCCGCGGGCUCGGAGGAUUCCCCGGAGGUUACGAUCACCGUUAACUAUGGACCCAGAGGCACAAAGAUUAAGGCCAACUGUUGUCAGGGAGGGGUGAAGGCCGGCAAAAGCCUGACCCUCACCUGCGAGACCAACGCCCGUCCUGAGCCCUACGGCUACACCUGGUUCCGCACGAUUACAGAGCCUGGUGGACAGAGGGGUCCAGGAAGGACCGAGGUUCCCGUGCCUUCUAACAGACGGUCUGGCGGGCGAGACCUCAAAUUCUGGCACAUCAGUGCAGGCGACGCCGGGGAAUACACGUGCCAGGCCAAGAACAUCAUCAGCGCUGAAAACUCCACCGCUCUCCGUGUAGACGUCCUGUACGGGCCUACAGGCCUCAACCUGUCCAUGGAUCACAAGGCGAGAGAGUCCAGCCUGGUCACCAUCCACUGCUCUGUGGAGAGCUUCCCUCUGUCCGAGCUCACCCUGACCUGGGACCCGCCCUCCUCCGAUCGCCUCUCUGACCUGUCCCGGUACCCCGAACGCCUCCAAGGAAAUUCCACGGUCCAGUCAACACGCGCCUCUCUCGCCGCCUCCUUCAUCGCGUCUGUCGAACACGCGGGCCGGUACACCUGCCGGGCCAAAAACUCUGAGGGCCUGAAAGAAACCACAAAGGACCUGGUAGUGCACUAUGCGCCCAAAGACGUCCGUGCGACGGCGAACCCAGGAGGCGAGGUGACCGAAAAGACGAACCUGGAUCUCAGCUGCGAGGCUCGGUCCAACCCUGGCGUGGCCGCCUACGCCUGGUUCAAGCUGACGGGCAGGGGGGCGGAGGAAGUGGGCCAGGGCCCGGUUCUGACCCUCAGGAAUCUGUCGGAGGCGCACACGGGACAGUACCUCUGCAGGACCCGAAACGAAAUCGGGGAAGGGAACUCGAACGUCAUCGACGUCACUGUAAGAUAUGGGCCCAGAAAAACAGAGGUUGUUCACAAUAUGACCAGCAGAGGGCGGCCUGUCGAAGGAAGCGCUGUGGCCUUGAUGUGCAGCAGUCAGAGCUAUCCUCCCAUCCGGAGUUACAAGUGGCACAUACAGAAGGACGUCAACGCGAAAACUUUACUCAGACCUGGGCAAAAUCUUACGAUAGGCUCUGACGAGGAAGGGAUCUAUUACUGCUCUGCGGAAAACGAGAUCUCAAGCAGCAGCUCGGACCCCAUAGAGAUACGUUUCGAUCGAAGCUCCACCCGCACUCUCAUUAUGGCGACUUCGUGCUUCUUUGUCGUCAUCAUCAUCCUCGUCAUCGUCAUCGUCAUCCUGCUCUACAGAAAAAGGAGGAAGUCCGCCCGGCAGAGGCUUGAAAACGGCUCACGGAGUGAUACGUGGGAGACGUUGGUAAUGGAUGGGAUGGGCGGCCCGCAAAGGAGCAGAGAGACUCUGUCAACAGUGAUGGCCCCGCCCCCAGGGCCCCCAGCCAAUCAGCAUGGUCAUGACAGCGAGCUGUACGCGAGUCCUCACACAGUGAACAGCCCCCAUCGGAAAAAAAACAGGUGA